AUGUUCAAUUUAUUCAUAAUCACACAUUUUCAGACCUCAAACAUUUUUUCUUCCUCUGAGGAACCGUUAUUAGGUGAUGCAAUUCUUACCGUACGAUGGGUUCAAGCAUGUUCUACUGGUGAUUUGCGAACAGUUGGUAAGCUUGUAAAACAAAAGCCAUAUCUGAUCUCAUGUGCACCUGCAAUAAAUCAUGGCUUCAGUGGAUUACAUUAUGCUGCUAAGAAUGGUUAUAGUUCUGUGCUACGGUUUUUAGUUAUGAAUGGUGCUGAUGUCAAUCUUCGAACUAGUGGUUAUACGCCUCUUCACCUUGCUGCUAUUGGUAAACAGCACGAAAUCAUUGCCAUUUUACUAAGAGAUUGUGAUGCAGAUGCAUCUAUUGAGGAUUACUCUGGACACACUUAUCAAUACUACUUAAUGGAAGAACACGGUGAAAUUUUAUCACUCUCUAGUACCAUUUGUAAAUCUGAUCAACACUACAGACACUAUCAUUAA